GCACCGGGGGCUUGACCAUGUGUUGUGUGACUGCCGCCGGACGGCUGCGGGUGGAAAGUGCAGGGAGACGGAGAGAGGAGAGAGGAGCAGCUGAUCCCGGAGCAGCAGCAUCAGACAUGUAGAGAGCAGAGGAGAAUGAGCCUCGGCUGUCCUCAUAGCCACCAUGUUCCCGGGAGUUUUCUAUGCACUGCUGGCGGGAUUCCUCGGCGCCGUGGCCUCGUCGUCGGCCAAGCUGUCCCUCGGAGCCGACUACCUGAAGGGAGUCUGUGAAACCGGACUCCGGACGUGGGGAGAGCAGCGGAAAUUCAGACAGGCGGACGAAACUACCGCGUGUGACCGGCUCCAUAUUCCUCUGAGGCUGCUGUGUGGCGGGCUGCUCUUCACCUGCAACGCUGUGAUGUGGACGUUCCUCGCCAAAGCUCUCAGGUAUUCCUCGUCCUCCACCCGAACCACUGUGACCACCACUGCCUCCAACUUCGUAUCUUCCGCGUUCCUGGGCCAGCUGAUCUUCGGGGAAGCCCAGAUCGCAUUGUGGUGGGUCGGGAUCUCUCUGACCUUCUCUGGUCUGCUGGUACUUCAGAGGGUUUCACCGCAGGACGGACAACAGAAUGCUGUCGCCAAGAAGGACGAAUAAUAUGUGUGGUCUCCACUAGCUGACUGUGGUGUGUACCAGCAAACAUCUCCUUUGAUUCCACAAAGAGACAAAAUAUACUGAAAUCUGAGAAACAGCGACUGUAUUUAAUGCACUUUUGUUCCUUAACUUCAACACUAAUCCUUCAAAUUACAGCUAAAUAACACAGAAAGUAAAAGAAAUUAUUCCCAGUUUCAUGUAUUUAACUAAACACCAGUCGAAACGCUCAAUUUGGAGUCAGUAUCUACCCCUCAGGUUGCGGUUUGUGGCCGUGCAGACUGUAAAACCCUGCUGGCUCAGCUGCAGCCUUGUUCUAAAAUCAGAGGAGAUGUUGGCUUCCAGCCAGUCCGGCCAUGGCACAGCUACAGUGGAUAGUGGAGACGGUCUGAAGGAUGCCUGGGUCCAGCCUCCCAGAAGCUCUAAACUCAUCUUUUGUCCACAGGCUUACAAAGAAGCAAAAACAAUUCUAGCUUUAAGUUAUUUUUGGGAAAACAGUCAACAACAACAACAGCACAACAACUCAUGAGCUAAGAGAACAAUGGGAAAGAAGCGAAGAGGUUUAGAAGAAUAGUUUGACAUUUUGUGAAAUAUUUGUUGUCUUGUUGAGAAUUUGAGGAGAAGAUUGAGACUAAUGUCCAUGUCUGCUAGUUAGCCUAGCUUAGCAUAAAGACUGGAAAUGGGAGAGUCCACUUUGAUGCACCUAUAAAGCUUACUUGGUCUUCUUUGUUUAGUCUGUCCAAAAAAUAACCCCUGAAAAAACUUGUAAAACUGACAGCAUGGUUUUCUGGUGGACUACAUGUGUGGCUAUUCACUAACUGAGAGAAGUGUGGUUACGUUUAUCUUGAAAUCCCCUUAAUAAACCACAACUUUUUGUUCUUCUCUCUUUGGUGCAAUCUGGUUCCUCCGGUCUCCAGUCUUUAUGCUAGCUAAUAGCACUUUUCCACUAGCACCUACUCGACUCUACUCACUUUAGGUCAUUUUCCAUUACAGUUGAGUACCACCUCAUCAUGGGUGGAGUCACAAAACACUCACCAUCCUCGAACAUGGUCUCCAAUAAUGCAGCAGUGGAGUCGAGUGCCGUAAAUGGCGUCCAUUUGGCUAAACCUCUUCCAACGCCCCCGGUUUGAUCCACUCCGGCCGUUGUGGUCCUUGAUGGGCCGAUAGUCACUUUGGAGCUUUUUCAGCUUCUCCUGACACUGCUUCAUUGUCCUGCUGUAUCCGUGGGUGGCCAUCCGCUCAAAGACCUCGUGAUAUACUUUCUGGUUGCGAGUCCCACCGUCCAGCUCCCUCUGUAUUCUUUGGCCCACCACCAAAGUAAGAAAAGUCUCGACCUCUUCAUUCGUCCAUGGUACAGGUCUGGUGUGUCGUCACUCCUUGUCCAAUCAGUGGCCAGCACUCUGUAGAUGUCACAUUAUCGGCUCCACCCAGCUCGCCUGGAACCCCUGCCCAGUCAGUACUAAAAUAGCAUCUGGUACCAGGUUCUACAUCCUGAUGGAAAACCUCACAAACCGAGUCGGUGCUAGUGGAAAAGCGCCGUAAGCUAUCUAGUGGUCUCACUUACUGUAUGAACAUGAUAUCAAUCUUUCCACCUGAUUCUCUGCAAACAGGAAAUAGUCACUAAAUGUGGAACUAUUCCUUUAAAGGAGGAGCCAGAUUAUACAACAAAUAUAUAAUUUGGGAACUUGUGUGCAUAAUGACUGAGCUGAAGUUUAAUGUUUGAGUUUUGUGUGUGCAUGAUGCCACCAUCAGUCAGCCUGUGAGUUAUUUACUGUAUCCCCCAAAGCUUUCUUUAAAUUCCACAUGUACUUACACUACGACGACACUCACUGUAAACAUCCUACACUGACAUUGCAUAUUAUGCAUGCUCAAGGCGAUGUUUUAACUCAAGCACUUAGCUAACCAAGUGUACUCACGUCUUCACAAGUAAUAAUCCUUCUAAUGUAGCGCUGAAAGGCUCGUCCCUGGUACGAGUGUGCUCGCUGCCUGGGUUUUGUUUUCGUUUGCCUUUCUCGAUAGCCUGAACCUUAACCUCAUGACAUGAGCAUGACACACUCAGAGGCAGCUGAUCUUCCAUUCCAUGAUAAAUGUGUGCAUGUUCCCACCAAGGCCUGAACUCGGAUAAAUCACACCAAAGCAUCCUGGGAGCGUCUGACGGCCCCGUGAAGCGCUUCAUUAACCUCGUGACCUGGGUGGCCAUCGCUGUCUGUCCACCAUCACACAGUCUCGUGAUCGCCCGUUGAGCUUUAUGUGCAUUUGCGAUCUUACAUUAUUCUGUUGCGCGUCAUGAAUAAUAAUCCAUUGCUCACCGUUCCUCGGGGCUCUUCGUUGAAAGCUUCCCUCAACAUCCCUGGAUCUGUCAGCGAGGUCGCAAUAACGUUAUAACACUGUGAUGCGUGGAAUGGAGCGGGAGCUGUCAAGAAACGAGGACAGAACAUGUCGAUAUGUGCUUCUAGAAGGACGUUCCUGCUAGUAUAAGUCAGUAUACAGGUGUUUGCCUGAGCAUGACAACAAAGGCUGCUUUACUGAACGGUGUUUUCAGAUCACACUUUGCUGUUGUUUGGAUACAUAUCAUACUAUAAAUGCAUAAUGGUAGCUAUAUUACCUGUCUGUAAUAUCCCACAGCAGCAACGCACAAAUAUAUAUCAGAUGUCCUUCCAACUGCUGCUGUGCAGGUUUUGUAUCAUGUGAUUUACAUGCAUCCCUAUUAAUGUGACCGCAGUGAAAAUGUGAUUAUAAUCUGCUGUAGGCUCUCAUGUUAAAGGCCAGCUGAGUGAUGUUUCAUAGCAGGGCUGUAAACGCAGCAGCAUAUGACUUCUGUUAUUUGUGCCUCCACGUUUCAGUAUCCCGGGUGUUUUGCAUAAAGAAAUUUUUUUGAGGAAAUUAGCUUUACUUUUUUGUCAAGAGUUAGCUGAGAAACAUAUUACCACUCUUCUGCUAGUAGCUGGAGCUAGCUGCCGGUUAGCUUUGCUUUAACGCUGGAAGCAGCUAGCUUACCUCUGGGUAAAGGGGGCAAAAUCCACCUGCCAACAUCUCUAUUGCUAUUUAACACAUUGCGUGUCAUUAUUUUAUUGAUUAACCUAUACAAAAAUGUGUAGAAAAAAAACUAGUGCUAUAUUUAUUUGUGGAUAUCAACAGCAGUAGCACAACUUAAGAGCUAACAGAAGAGAUGUGACGAAAGGAAGAGACUUAAAGGAGUAGUUUGACGAUGAAAGGCUUUCAACCACACAAUAACGCAACCCUACGAAAGUCUUUGGCCUUCCCACAUACAACUGUUCAACCAAAGUAGUUUCCUUCGUCGCUUUUUUCAGGGGACACCAUCGCUCUACCUUGGGCUAAGCACCAAACAAAACUGUUGUGACUGGUUCAAAGAAAUUAUAUAACAAGGUUGGAAAUGAGGUGCAGUCAGACCAUUCUAUACAGCUUUUUAUCAGCACUACAGAAUGGUCUGACAUCGCAAAAACUAUAUCGAGUCCCGAGUUAGGGGCUGCAUCCUUGUAAGGCUACAAUCAAACUCCAAAUAAGUGACAGCAGCAAAACAAAGGUGGUCAAAUUUAGAGGGUCACUUUAAAGGCAGACUGGAAAUGCAUUUGUCUGUUUCUGGGCAACAAAUGGUCCAACAGGUGGAUCCUUCAUGGCCCGACCCAUCACAGGUGGACUUAAUGCACCAGUAACGGUUGUUUUUUUAAGAAGACAAUGGACUCCAAAAGCUGAACUCUGGUUUUAUAUUUGAUACAGCAAAAACAAAUGACCAUCACAACUUCUUGCCCUGUACUGUCAAAGUGACUUACAGUUUCAGUUUUAGUCUUGACUCUCAGUUUUGGUUGUCAACUCUGCUAGAUGUGAAUGAGAUGUAAGUGUAAGGACGGGAGCAACUGGUGAUCUUGUGUCUUUCAAAGGAUGCAGUCCAUGGUGACCACGACCCCAAUUGAAAGCAUCAUAUUUCUUGGCGGUAUCAGAUGCCAGACAGUCUGUUUAGAAUCAACAGAAUCUGAAUAAAACCUCCUCGGGACUGUCUGGUUCUUCAUCUACAGUGACUUUGUUGAUGAUCAGAAUUUUGCCUUUGGGUGUUUCUGGGGUUCCAGGUCCUUGGGGUCCAUUGAGAUGGGUCCAGAUUUGUCACUUAUUGGUGUACGCUUUCCAUCGUUUCUGGGUUAGGGUUAGCUCUGGGAUUCAUCAGUGCAACUAACGGACACAUCUGGGAUCUGCUCGGGGCUGACGCCAGAUUGGUUUUACAUCCAUCCAGUUGUUGUGGUCGGAACACUGAAUCUGGUUUCUGUUCAGAGCCAUUCUUUCUGUAGGUUUAGGCAAUUAUUGACUCAGAAAUUGGAUCAUUUUCAAUCAAUUUAGGACAAAUUUCAUGUCAUUCUGAAUUAGUUUCCUUUAAUUUUGGAUCUCCAUAGACCUCAAGGACCUGGAAUCCUGGAAACACCCACAGCAGGAAGACAGAACUCCAAUCAUCAACAAACUAGCCAAGACAUAAAAUCACGACUCGAACUUCAUACACUUGAUCUUUGGUGAAGAUUAAAUACAUAAUGUGAUUUGAAAUGUUAGUGGGCUUUGGUGUUGGCCUUUCACAUAGAGCCAAGCCAGACGUUUCUUCCAUUUACAGGUUUUAUGCUAAGCUAACUGGUUGUUGGUUUUAGCUUCACUACCACACAAACUUGAGUGGUGCUAUCUUUUAGCUCUUGGCAAGAAAGUAAAUGUUCCUCUAACCUACCUUUAAUCUUUGCUUUUUUAACACUUUUCGGUGCCUGGCUUUUCUCCAGUUAACGGCAUGAUAAGAGGGGAAACCAUCGACCCUUGAACCCACUUUCACUGUAACAUAAUCAGUCAGAGCUUCUGCAAUAGCCACAACUACAGCUCUGUGAUGGCAGCAUGGCAUUGAGUGUGAUGUACUUCUGCCUGUGUGCACAUAAACUGUAGACAGAGAGAUUAGAAACCCACUAGAACAUUAUCUUGACCUGACGAGGUGCGUCGUCACAUCGACCAGUUAAUGCGCUGUGCUGCAAGAAAACAACUAAAUUCAUCAGUUUUGAUUGUUAGAAGAGAACAGUCUUUGUUCGGUGUUAAAGAGUUUGAAUAUUUAAUAAGAGGAGCUCAGCGCUAAUGGAAAAUAGACUGAUUUUGCAUUAGUUUGUUGCAUUCCUACUCUUAAAUUUUGCAGCUCAGUCAUCACUUUAAUCUGAAGGCUGCUGCACAGACAAAUUUUUCCAUUAUGUUCAAUUUUUAACACGAAUCGAGACAGUUUGAUUAGACUCUCUGUGCUCCAGUACGAAUAAUUCAUAAAUGGUCUUACGGAUUGUGCGAAGCAAACAUUUGUAAAAGUGUAAAUAUGUUCUGUUAAUAGGAACCACUUGAAAAGAUGUGUAAAAUCGCCAUCUCCGACGAGAGGAGAAGCACUGUUAAAUUAUUAAAUAAACAUCUCAUCUGACAAACAAGA